AGGUCUCUUCGGCGAGCUUUUGUAACCAGUGUCUGCUUUGGAGGGUAGGGAGCCAUGGUUGUGAUCAACGUGCGGCGGUCGACUAUGGUGAGGCCGGCGGAAGCGACGCCACAGCGACCGCUGUGGCUCUCCAACCUGGAUCUGGUGAUGCUGAAUCACUACACGCUGAGCGUCCACUUCUACCGGCCGGAUGGGUCGGCCAACUUCUUUGACGCGGCGGUGCUGCGCGACGCGUUGGCCCGGGUGCUGGUGCAAUUCUAUCCCAUGGCAGGGCGGCUGGCGUGCGACGAGGACGAUCGGAUCAUGAUAGACUGCAACGGCGAUGGGGCACUGUUUGUGGAGGCCGAUGCGGAGGCGACGGUGGACGACUUCGGUGACUUCGCACCCACCGUGGAGCUGGAGCAGCUCUUCCCGAAGCCAGAUGCAGACUGCACCGACGACAUCUCCGCCUUCCCGCUGUUUCUCAUCCAGGUCACGCACUUGAAGUGCGGUGGUGUAGCCUUGGGCACCGGCGUGCACCAUCAGGUCGUCGACGGCUUGGCUGGUCUUCACUUGAUAAACUCCUGGUCCGACGUUGCCCGCGGCGUCGGCAUCAACGUCCAGCCAUUCAUCGAUCGGACCCUUCUCCGUAGUCGAGAUCCGCCUAACCCCUCUUUUCCUCACAUCGAGUACCAGCCCCCUCCUUCCAUGAACUCCUCUGUCGCCCAAGUCCCAAGCUCCGCCGUUGCUGUCCGCAUCUUCAAGCUCACCCGAGAGCAGCUUAACCUCCUCAAGGCCAAAGCUCCUCCAGAUGGCAGCUACAGUACGCAUGUCCUCCUCGCGGCCCACUUGUGGCGGUGCGCGUGCAUAGCGCGCGACCUCCCGCCCGACCAGAUGACCAAGAUGUACAUUCCAACCGACGGUCGGCAACGAAUCCAGCCACCACUUCCGCAGGGCUACUUCGGGAACGUGAUCUUCAGGGCGGCGCCCGUUGCCACAGCGGGGGAGGUGACCUCUCCGGUGGGCGGUCCUUCCCCGGCGGCCAAGACGAUCCAGGAGGCCGUGCUGAGGAUGGACGGCACCUACUUGCAGUCGGCGUUGGACUACUUGGAGAUACAGUCAAAUAUGUUGGCUCAGAAGGUAAAUGGCGCUACCCCAUUCGGAUGCCCAAACCUGUGGCUCACCAGCUGGGCGCGUCUGCCAAUCCACGACGCUGACUUCGGUUGGGGCCGACCAAUUUUCAUGGGCCCAAGUCCCAUCCGCGUCGAGGGUGUGGCGAUCAUCCUGCCAAGCGCCGCCGGGGAUGGUGGCCUCUCGGUGGCCAUCUCCUUGCAGCCUGAUCACAUGGUGAAGUUCCAGGACCUCAUCUAUGAUAUCUAAGCCUUUCAGAUUGUCGUUGUGAUCCAAUUUAAUUAAGAUCUUCUGUGUUAUGUUAGUUAUUAUUUCAAAUUGUCUCUAGGGCUAUAGUGUUGUGGUAGGACAUUCAGAUUAUCAUCUAGAUAUCCGUGAUUCGAACUCCAAUUACGAUUUAUUUGUAAAAUUUUUUUCUUUAAAUGGAAGUCGUAAUCAAAGGAUGCUGACCUUCUA